ACUCAUCAUUUUGAGCAUAGAAGAGGCCACAAGGAGUAGGAACAGAGGGAGCUACUUGAAUACACUACCAUUAAUUCAAAGUGUCUACAACAAGUCAAUGAAUUCGCGAUCGGCCUUGGGAAUUUUAUGGGUGUGGAUGAUUUUGGUUGUUGGGUUCAAUCAUGAAACAUUAGGGUGCGUAGAGGAGGAAAGAAAGGGUCUCUUAGAAUUCAAGGCUUACGUCCAACCUUACUUGAAUAAUCCCACUCUUCUCCAAUCUUGGGUUGACGAUGAUAGCAGGAGCCAUGAAUGUUGUGCCUGGGAACGAGUUGAGUGUAAUUCCACCACCAAUCGAGUCAUCCAACUCUCCCUCAACAAUAUGAUAGAUGUAUAUUUUAAUUUAAAUGUGAGCUUGUUUCUUCCUUUUCAUGAGCUUCAAAAUCUCAGUUUAUCAGGGAACUCCAUUAUGAGUUUUGUGGAGAAUCAAGGCUUGGAACUGUUGGGUAGACUGAAGAAGCUGGAGGUCCUGGAUUUGAGUUCGAAUUUCUUCAACAACAGCAUCUUUCCAUCUUUGGGUGCCCUCAAAUCCCUCAAGAAUCUGUUUCUUUGUGAAAAUGCUUUCUCAAAUCCCUUUUCCUUUGAAGGGUUGGAACCGUGGGGUAGAAUGGAGAAGCUGGAGGUGUUGGAUUUGUGUAGGAAUGGGUUGGACAACAGCAUCUUGCCGUAUUUGGGUGCCCUCAAAUCCCUCAAGAUUUUAUCUCUUAAUGAAAAUGCUUUCACAAACCCCUUUCCUGAAGAAUUAGCGGGUCUGGAGAACUUGCAAAUGUUGGAUUUGAGUUGGAAUAAAUUAGAAGGUUUGAAAACGUUGGCUAGAUUAGAAAAGCUGGAGGUCCUUGACUUUGGUAACAAUGCCUUGGACAACAGCAUCCUGCCGUCGCUGGGUUCCCUCAAAUCCCUCAAGAAACUGUCUCUUCGUCAAAACUCUUUCACAAACCCCUUUCCUUACGAAGAAUUAUCGGGUUUGGAGAACUUGCAAAUAUUGGAUUUGAGUUGGAAUGGGUUAAGCAGCACUCUGGGACUUCAAGAUCAAGGCUUUAAACACUUAGAUAGGUUGAAAAACCUGGAGGUCCUCGACUUCAGCCAUAACUCUUUCGGCCGAAGUAUUAUUCCCAAUUUGGGAGCCCUCAAAUCUCAAUCCCUCAAGUCUCUGGAUCUCUCUGGCAAUAAUAUAGAAGGGACCUUUACUGGCCAAGAAUUUGCGAAUCUAUACAACUUGCAAAUGUUGUAUUUGAGUGAAAAUGGAUUUAAUGGAACUCCACAAAUCAUCCCAGGUAUUAAAAGGUUGAGAAAGCUGGAGGUCCUUGACAUAUCAAAUAACAAAUUCAGCACAACAAUUCUUCAGUAUAUUGGUCUUCUUUUACCCAAUAUUAAAACAUUGUAUCUCGGUGGAAAUGAUCUGAGUGGACCAAUUACUGAUCAAGAUUUGAGCACUUUGAGUGAGUUGGAGUUAUUAGACUUGUCUGAUACUACACUCAGCUAUGACUUUCUCCAGAAUAUAGGGGAAAUGGUUUCUCUUAAGUUCUUACGGAUGGGUAAUAUUAAAGGACUCAAUGGCACUCAACUAUCAUUUAAAGGGCUAUGCAAACUGAAUAAACUAGAGGAGCUAAAUUUCAACUCUAAUAAUGGCUUUAUGAGUCAUCUGGAUUCAUGUUUAGGAAAUUUGACAAGACUUCGGCUCUUGGAUCUAUCUUACAAUCAGUUUGAAGGAAACAUUGAUCCGUGUAUCAUUAAUGGUCUCACCUCACUUGAGUACUUCGAUCUUUCAAACAAUCACUUCCAAGGUCCAUUUUCAUUUAAUUCGUUGGCUAACCUUUCCAACCUUGAGGUAUUCCAACUUCAGAAUAACCAGCUUCAAGUGGAACCCGACCUCCCAGCUCUGAUACCAAUCUUUCGCCAAUUGAAAAUCUUGCACCUGUCAAGCUUCACACUCAACAAUCCACCUAGUCCAUUGCCUAAUUUCCUUCACUACCAAUCUGAUUUGAGGGUAGUUGACCUCUCCCACAAUAACUUUAAUGGUUCCCAAUUUCCCACUCAGAUGCUAGAGAAUAAUGCAAGACUAGAGGUACUGAAUAUAAUGAAUAAUUCCUUCAUGGGCGUUCCUGUUCUACCAUCUCAUCCCUGUCCAAAUUUGAUUAUUUUAGUUAUUUCUCAUAAUCGAUUUCAUGGUCAAAUCCCAGAAAAUAUUGGAGUUAUCUUUCCUAACUUACAAAUUUUGAGCAUGUCAACAAAUGCUUUUAGAGGAAAAAUUCCUUCUUCAAUUGGAAACAUGAGAUGGUUAGAAGUACUGGAUCUUUCUAACAAUUCUCUAUCAGGACAAAUUCCUGAGCACAUCGUCACGGGAUGCUCAAGGUUGCAUUUCCUCAAGUUGUCGAACAACAAUUUGCAUGGCCAAAUGCUUCCAACAGUUUUUAACUUAACUCGUCUGAUGUACUUACACCUAGAUGGAAAUCAUUUUACAGGAAACGUUCCAUUCAGUUUAUCUAAGAGCUUGAGUCUGAAAGUAUUGGAUGCAAGUGAUAACAACAUCGCUGGUAGGCUUCCUGGAUGGUUGGGGAAUUUAUCAGACUUACAAGUACUUAUCAUGGCCAAUAAUCAUUUUAAAGGACCAAUUCCAGCCGAGUUCUGUGCACUUGGGAAACUUACAUUUGUGGAUCUUUCCAUGAACAAUCUUAAUGGCUUAAUACCAUCUUGCUUCCCAAAGAGUUUGGAAUAUGUACAUCUACAGAAGAAUGAGCUUGAAGGACCAAUCAGAGAAGCCUUUUCUAAUAGCACCGGUUUGGUGACAUUGGACAUAAGUGAUAACAUGUUAAAUGGUAGUCUACCAAGAUGGAUUGGUAAUCUUUCAUCAUUGGGAGUUCUUCUAUUGAAAGGAAAUCGAUUGGAAGGUAACAUUCCCAUCCAGUUAUGCCAUCUAGACAAGAUAAACAUAAUGGAUCUUUCUCACAAUAAUCUUUCUGGUCCUAUACCUUCUUGCUUGAAAAACUUGACAUUUCAAAGGCUAGACGGAACAACUCAUAGAUUUAAUAUGGAUGAACUAGAUGAUCCAUUUUACGUUUCUGGGCCUGGUAUAACUAUGUCUUAUUCAUUUUAUUCAUCAUAUGUCUACAAGAGUUCACUUCGGGAAUUUACAUUUUCCCAGAAUUCUGGUUUUUUUAAAACAAUCAUGGAACAAGUGGAGUUUACUACAAAAAGCAGGUAUGACAUUUACAAGGGAAUUGUUCUCGAACUCAUAUUUGGACUUGAUCUCUCAUGUAAUCAAUUAGUAGGUAACAUUCCACCUGAAAUUGGAGAAUUACAUGGGAUCCAUGCAUUGAACCUAUCCCACAAUCAUUUAAGUGGAAGCAUUCCAACAACCAUUUCAAAUUUGAAGCAAUUGGAGAGCUUGGACCUUUCUUUCAAUAAUUUGGUUGGGACAAUUCCUCCACAGAUUACAGAGUUACACUCUUUGUCAGUUUUUACGGUGGCCUACAACAACUUAUCAGGAAAGACUCCUGAGCAGAAGGAACAGUUUGCAACAUUUGGGAAAAGUAGCUAUGAGGGCAACCCUCUUCUUUGUGGAGAGCCAUUAGAGAAAAGUUGCCCAGGUGAGACUAGAGAACCAUCUUCAGCACGACCAACUUCUAAUGACCAGGAAAGAGGCUUUGACAUGGACACCUUCAUUAUGAGCUUUGUAGCUUCUUAUAUAACGGUGCUUUUGGGAAUGGCUGCAGUCUUCUAUAUAAACCCCUAUUGGCGACGUCAAUGGUUUCAUCUCAUUCAUGUUUGUAUCACCUCCUGCUACUACUUUGUUGUGGAUAAUCUCCAUAAGUUUUCAGUGUUUUAAAUAUUUGGACAUGAAUCUUCUAUUUGU